GGUGGGGCAGCUCGAGUCAGCUCCGGUCCGGAUGGUAAUUGCCCGUAUGCUUGUGAUGUUUGUGUGAUUUUUAGCUAGGUAAUACCUGACUUGCUGAAUAAUGCGGGGGAUUUUUGAUUUUUUUUUUCUCGACUUCUGGAAUCAACUGGGAGAGGAACUUCUCAUUCAAGAGCUCAAAAAAACAUUAGGUUCGUCAUAUAAUACAAAUAAAUAAAGCUACAAAGGUACCCGGGAUUUAAUUCCAAAUUUGAACUAUUUUCGGAAUUACAUGUAGAGCCGCGUUUGGAAUAAUUGAUAAUUGUCCAAGCUUCAACAAUCUUUUAGCCCUAUCCCUCUUCCGAACGUCUUCCGAAAGUACCGAUAUUUCAACUUGUUUCGUCGCCCUCUUCUUACUUAUAACCUACUACAUAACAACCUACUACCUAACAUAACAAACUACUCUCUAGUAAAACAGACGACGUAAAAACCGCCAAAGUGUUUUCCCAGACUAUCAGAACUCUCUGCGCAGGCGCAUUCGCUACCGCGGGGUUUCAAAAGUACACAGGACAUACCACCACGAUCCCAAUAGCAGCAGCCAGAAAGAUGCAUAGCAAGGUUGUCGUUAUCGGCUCUGGGCCCGCCGCCCACACGGCCGCCAUCUACCUCGCCCGUGCCGAAUUAAACCCAGUUCUCUACGAGGGUUUCAUGGCAAACGGUAUCGCCGCCGGUGGUCAGUUAACAACUACUACCGAUAUCGAGAACUUCCCCGGAUUUCCCAAGGGUAUUAUGGGUGCCGAGCUGAUGGAUGCUAUGAGACAACAAUCGGAACGGUUUGGUACCAAGAUCAUCACCGAAACAGUAGCCAAGCUCGAUCUUUCCUCGAGACCGUUCAAGUACGAGACCGAGUGGUCCCCCGGCGAGGUGCACACGGCGGAUUCCGUCAUCGUCGCCACGGGCGCUUCGGCGAAGAGGCUCAACCUUCCGGGAGAGGAGAAAUACUGGCAAAACGGCAUCAGCGCCUGCGCCGUGUGCGACGGGGCCGUGCCCAUCUUCCGAAACAGGCCCCUGGUGGUCAUCGGCGGCGGAGACAGCGCCGCCGAAGAGGCGACUUUCCUCACGAAAUAUGGUAGCCACGUGACCGUGUUGGUGCGGAGGGACCAGCUGCGCGCCAGCAGCAUCAUGGCGCAGCGGCUGAUCAACCAUCCCAAGGUCACCGUCAUGUUCAACACCCGGGGCGUGGAGGUCAAGGGAGACGACAAGGUGAUGACCCACCUGGUCAUCGAAGACACCAAGACCGGGAAGCAACGGGUGUUAGAAGCCAACGGUCUCUUCUACGCCAUCGGACACGAUCCCGCCACGAAUUUGGUCAAGGGGCAGCUGGAUAUCGACGAGGACGGCUACAUCAAGACCAAGCCUGGAACGCCGGAAACCAGCGUUGAGGGCGUUUUCGCUGCCGGCGACGUGCAAGACAAGAGAUAUAGGCAGGCUAUUACCAGCGCAGGUACCGGAUGCAUGGCUGCCAUGGAAGCGGAGAAGUACCUCGCGGAGCGGGAAGUGGACGGGCGGGAGGGAGCUGCUCAGGGCAAGACCGAGUGACUAAUAUCCGCGAGGAUAUAAUAGGUAUGACGAUAGGUAACGCCGCCGCGUUGGACAGUUCCGUAUGGAUUAGCGCGUAUGUUCAGUGUUCAUUCACACUUUCUCUUUAAACUUGAGACAUAUUAGACAUAACUAUACCAGAUAGACAGACUUACAGAAUUACAAACAGCUUAGGUAUCUAAUCUGUAGCUUGACCGUUUGCUUGCAUCUGUUUGGUUACUACCUGGAUACGGUAUGCGUUUUCUUGCUGCUUUUUAUCUGCAAGUAAUCGUACAUGUGACCGCUGGAUGUUGUGACAUGAACAGACUGUAUUUUUUUAUUGGAUCACCGUGUCAACAUCGUGAUAGCGUCCCUGUUGUGAAACUUUCUGGGGAUAAUGCCUGGUACGGGAAGUGGUCUGCGUGGGAGGUAGUCCCCAAAUGGGGGAUAUGGAAUCAAACAAAGAAAGUAUGGCUCAUAUUAGUUACCUAGGUACCUAAGGUACCUGGUGUAUGUUUAGGUUUCCCCGUCUCCAAGUGUAAAUUACCAGAAGAAAACC